AUGGUGCUAAUAACUGAAGGUGGUGCCAGAUGUCCCCCUACGAUACAAGGCCCAAACGGUACCACGGACAUUGAGGCAGGAGCCUGUUGUAACAUAGAAGAGUCAUCUCUACAAACCACAACUGAGGUAGAGGAAAAAGAAGACCCCUGCGACGCAGAUAACGACGACGAUGACGAAGAUGACGAAGAUGACGAUUUCUAUGACGAUGACGUCUAUCAGGAAUUUGAGGAGCUCGACUUUUCAGAGUUGCCUGACACCAAAAGUAUCGCAUCCGAUGACUCUUUCUACCCGCCUGAUGACUCACUGGCCUCUGCGAGAACUCCGUCCCCUGUUAGUCCAGAACCUCUCUCGUUUUUCAAGGCGUGCUGUAACAACAAUGCCAUUAUUGUUAAAAUCAUGAUCAGGCAAGGGGUCACCGAGGAGGAGGUACGAGAGGUAGACAGGAACAACAGAUCCGGUCUGAUCGUUGCCUGUUACCAGGGUUAUGUGGAUGUGGUCAUCGCCCUGUCACAGUGCCCAUAUGUGGAUGUCAACUGGCAGGACAAUGAGGGCAAUACAGCUCUCAUUACUGCAGCGCAAGCAGGGCACAUCAUGAUCUCCAACUACUUGCUCAACUAUUUCCCUGGGCUAGAUAUUGAGCGCAGGAACUGUCAUGGCUUUACUGCUUUGAUGAAGGCUGCCAUGCAGGGACGGGCAGAAUGCGCUCGCGCCAUUAUGCUGUCAGGUGGAGAUGUUGAGGCAAGGGAUUACGGGCGUAAAAUGACCCCGCGGGAAUGGGCUUUAUUCACAGGGCGCUACGAGACGGCCAACCUGAUGAAGCGCCUAAUGGCUCAGCCGUGCGCCGAGCAGUUCUGCGACUCUUUCCAAAUGGAGUGGCCCAUGUUGCAGGAGCUGGUGGCCCGUGCUCAGGAGCCCAAGUCCUGCUGGAAGAGACUGUCGGAGCGGACGUGCGGGAUGUUCACCUUCAGCAUGAAGACCGACCCGCUGGAUGACGGAGUGAUGGAUUACAUGGUACGCAUGACCACAGCGUUGGCCAGCCCGUUCAUCGCCACAGCCUGCCGCACCGUGCGCCCCAGCAGCCCGCCCUGCCUGGGCAAGAGACGCCCCGCCGUGCAAGAGAUCCUGAGACGACAGCGUCUGGACGACCUCAAGAGCCUAGGACCCGAACGCUUGAACAAUUACAAGAGACUCUUCCAGAACUCUCGAGUUCUGCUGAUACCAAAGAAGACGGAGCGACGCGCCAGCCUGCAGCCUCAGGUGCUACGGGAUGUCGCGGUGGCGUCCACGGUGGCACUGAGGCGAAGCAGCCUACUGCCUUUGCACAUGAUGAGGAGGAGCAGCGUGCGUCCAGGCAUCGUGGUGCCCAAAGUCAGGCUGUGCAAAGCGCCUCCGCCCGCUUAUAUACCUGAGAAAAACCGCCGUAGGACCUCCAGAGACACACAGUACCUCCAGAUCCCCAAGUGGAAGUAUAAGGAACUGAGGCAGGAGAGGAAACAAGCUGAGCAGGCCAACAAGCUGCAAUUGCCAGUAAUGAAAAAGUAG